AUGGCCCCGAAAUACUUUAAAGGCUCAAUGACAAAUCAAUCUCACGAUCGGCUCAACCCUGACCACGGACACCAACAGAACCGAAGCUACCGAAGGUCAACGGGCGAUCUCCGACUCCCGUCUUCUAGGAGAGCGCGCCUCGGGAGGCUCACCUCCGGAGCCCCGCACGAGGCGGCUAACGGAGGAAAUCCCAAGAAUCCCCCAACCGCCGACGGCCCCUCGGCCGGCAGGGGUCACGCCCCGCCGCGGCGAUCCGCCGGUCUCUCUUUCACGUCCCCAUCUGAGAUCCGUCCAGCGUCGCCCCGGGGCGAACGCUCCUCCCGGCCGCGUACCAAGUUCGGUCGGCCCUCUCGUGAAGAAGGGCGGGCGGCGCGUCACCCGACGACGGAGGGCUGUCCGGAAGGCGAUCUAACUCCUCCCGACAUCCGCCUUCGGCCAGAGGCCACACAGGGCAGCAGGACGCAUCUCCGACGACACCCGAAGCCGCGGAACGACCGGCUCUCCCUCCGCCAGCACGCUCCGCAACAAAAGAAGGGACCUCGGGGAAUCUUCCCUCUGGGCGCGGCGCCCGGGAACCAAGGGAGGUCGGGCGUGUCGGCCUCCCGUCGUCCGAAUCCGACGGGCCCCAGGGGCCCGUCGUCCGCCGAGACGCCCUCCACUCGGCCGAGACUCCCGGCCCGCGACCUCUCCCCUCCGCCAUCUCCCACCGGGACGGGGUCUCCGCACCUCCCUCUCGACGUCCACUCCUCCCGCCGUCGGGUCGACGGCGCAGAGGGGGGCGCCGGGCCGUCGCCCUCCGAGAGCCGAGGCCCGACGCGCCGUCCGGUCCCACGGACGAGGCCGGGGCCGCCGGGCCCCGCCGUCGGCUCCCGAGAUCCGGGGCCCAUCCUUCAACGGGGUGUCGCCGUCGCCUCGGCGGGCGGCCACCGAUGGCCGGACAGAGUUUCCCCCCACCCCUCGGUUACCGCAAAAUUACACAAAGGGGCUUUUUAUGCAACUGGGGGUGGGGAGGGGGGAGCGUGGCGCCCAGGGCGAGGGCCUCUGUUGGCCUUUCCCGGAGACGGCGGGCGAGCUCCUGGGGGUCAAGGGUUCAGGGAGGGGAAGGGCGGGCCGGUCCUAAGGGCCUGGCCGGUCCCCGAGGCCCGCUCGGGCGGGGGGCGAUCCGGGGGUCCCGGGGGGCGGGGGGGAGGGGGGGGCCGGCUCGGCCCAGACCCACGCAGACACUCAAACCCUCCCGGCGGGCGGAGGGUUUGGAGCAGCGGGGCGGACACCGAGCGGAGCGCGGCCGUUGUGCGGCGCCGCCGGGUUCCCCCCCCAGGACCGGCUCCCUCUCCGCUGCCCCCCCCAGGACCGGCGCCCUCUCCGGCGCCCCCUGCCGGCAGGGCCGAGCGCAGGCCCGGGCACAGCGGGGGGCACAGCGGGGGGCACAGCCGGGGGGCACAGCCGUGGGGGGGGCGGCCCGGCCGGACAAGCGGCGGUCGGGGCAGCCGGGGACCCCCGAUAUCCCCACGCCUCCCCCGCCCGGGGCCAACCACAACCUGCUCCCAACGGCCGCGCCGACACCGACCACCCCCCCACGGACCCGCGGGGGGGGGAUACAAGUCCGUCCCGUCAGCGUCUCAGCAGCUCGCGGCCGCAGCCCGCAGCCCGCAGCCCGCAGCCGCCGCCGCCGCCGCCGCUCCCGCUCCCCACAUCCAGACAUCCAGCCCCGGGAAGCCCAGACCCGGGGGGUCGCUCCCCCGGACCCUCCGGGGGCCAGCUCAGGUCCCCGGCACCGACGGUGGGGCGGCGAUGAAUAUGCGGCACCGUCUGCACGAGCCGCCGCCGCCGCCGCCGCCGCUCCCGCUCCUCCUCCUGCCGUGGCUGCCGGAGGAGGGGAGACGGUGCGAUGGAGAGAGCGGAGCAGAGGAGAGAGGACCAGGAGACGGAGCAGUGGAGAGAGGAGCAGGAGACGAGACGGAGCAGAAGACGGAGCGGAGCGGAGCGGAGCAAAGCGCGCCCACCUCCCUUCCCCGCCCCGCCCGCUCGCUCGCUCGCCGCAUCCGCCGGGUCCCCGGGCGUCCGGCUCCGCCGAGGCCCGAAGAGCUCCGGACGGACCCCGCCCCAACGGCAGCCGACCGGACCGGACCGGACCGGACGGGCUGGGGACCGGCCGCCGGCCGCCACCGGGAACAGCCGCCCUAA